AUGGCACACGAGGAAGCUCUUCAGACGACCAUGGACAGCGAAGAAGAAUGUGAUUUUUCAUCAGAAGGAGGAGAAGACUUUGAUGACGAUCUCUUUCAUUUGGAGGAAGCUGCAGAGGAGACCAUUUCUAAAGAGAAAGAACAUUCAAGUGCACAUCAUACAAGGGUGGCACACAAGCGUCUUUCAGUUUUCAACGCAGUUGAGAAUCUUAAAGAAGGUGAGAAUGACGGUGACCAAAUGCCUGUUGCAAAGAAAGCCAAGACUCUUUCAUGGAAAGCAGAGACUGAUGUUGACCGGGUUCCACAGACUCUGAGGUUCCUGCCUGCACGGGAACCUGGACCACAGUUGAGUCCUGCUGACUCGCACUCUCCCAUGAGUCUUUUCAAGCUGUUUUUCACAGAGAGCGCCGUGGAAAAUCUGUGCCACAACACAAAUGCUCAGGCUGCCAGGGCAAUUGCAAAGGGCUGCAAGUACAAAUGGACAGAUGUCAGUGUUGAUGACAUGUAUCGCUACAUUGGACUCAUUUUCUACAUGGCCACGGUGAAGAUGAGCUCCAUCACUGACUAUUGGCGGCAGGACAGUCUUUUCUCUCUGCCUUUUCCCGCCACGGUUAUGUCAAGGGACAGAUACCGCACUAUUUCAUGGAACGUGCACUUGAGUCACCCAGAUGCAGACAAGGAAAAUGACAGAAAGAGGGGCACAGCCGAACAUGACCGUCUUUUCAGGAUCAAACCCCUCAUGGACACUAUCCGUCUUGCGUGCAAAUCCUUCUAUCAUCCUAGAAGAAAUUUAGCUGUAAAUGAAAGACUGGUAGCAUGUAGAGCAAAUACAGGAUUGUCACGGCACACAAAAGUCAAGCCGACAAAACUGGGCUUCAAGUUUUUUGUCCUUUCAGACUCAUCAAAUGGAUAUACUGUGGACUUUUCUGUCUAUACGGGCAAGAAUAGUUUUCCCACAGACCGUGGGCUUUCGUAUGAUGCUGUGAUGUCUCUCCUGGACCGUAAAGUUUUGGGCUCUGGGUAUCAUGUGUACAUGGAUGAUUUCUACACAAGUCCAAAGCUCUUAACAGAUUUGUUUACUAUGAAGUUUGGUGCUUGUGGAACUUACAGAGACCACAGGAAGGACUUCCCGAAGACCACAGCUAAUUCACUGACCAGAAACUCCAGCAGGGGAUCCAUCAGGUGGAUUCGGGAUGGGCCUCUUGUGUGUGUGAAGUGGAUGGACACGCAAGUGGUGUCUGCUUGUUCCACCAUCCAUGCUGCAUGUACAGGAGAGCGUGUGCAAAGGAGAGUCAAAGCACAAGAUACAUGGAAGACAAAGUCUUUUCCAUGUCCUGCACCUGUGUCUGCAUACAACCAGCACAUGGGGGGUGUUGACCUGUCUGAUCAGCUCUUGCAGUACUACGCCGCACAGCACAAAACCAUGAAGUGGUACAGAAAAAUCUUUCUACACUUCUUGGACAUUGCUGCCACCAACGCUUUCAUAUUGCACAAAGAGCUGUACGGCAACAUGAGCCACAGUCAGUUCAUGGAAGAGCUUAUUGCAGAGCUCUGUGGCGUGUCACAGAAAGCAGCACCAAAACAGACCAGCACAGACCACGUGCCGGUUCCAGGAGCUGAGGUGACUUCAGACGUCAGAAAAAUUGCUACUGCUGGACGGCGGACCUGCGUGCAUUGCAAAACAGUGCAUGGCAAGAAGCAGCAAACACCUUGGAGAUGUCAGGCUUGUGAUGUUCACUUGUGUCUUCAGUUGAACAGAAACUGUUUCCAGGAAUGGCACAAAAGUCUGUGA